AUGUAUACUUUUAACUGCCUAAUACAUUUAUUACAUACUCGUAAACAAAUGAUAUCACAUGUAUAUUGUUGACUGACAUAAUUGUAACCCGUAACUCAAUGAGGUAAAAUCAAUUCCAUAGAGACAUGAUUUUGACGAUGGAGUAAACUAUUGAAUUACAUGCGACCUUGAUGCCCGGGUUCAACUUGACCUUCGAUUAUUGCAGCUGCGCAAUGCGUUUCACUGUCGAAAUCGUAUUUCCUGUUCUUGUUUCAAUGUACAUUUCAUUGCGUAAUAUCGUUAGGUGUAUUUGUAUUUAAAAUGGCAUUUUCUAAUUGUUUUGCAUAAAAUGCAAAUAGUGGAUUAGAUAGUCAUUUGCUGAGACUUUUUAAAAUUUGUAAAUUCAGUUACUAAUGCUACGUUGGUAGCUACGCCGUGUUUAUUUAUUUAAAUCAAAAGUUAUGCCGUGCAGUAACGUCGGUUUGUAGUUGCUUGAUAGCUUGAAUGAUAAAACAAUUAGAGAUAAAGCCAGUGUAGUGGACAGCAACAUGGAGCAGGAGAUUUUUAGAAGAUCGAAGACAUCGGUUACUAACGUCUACGAAGAGUUAAGAUAUUCAGGCGAGAGAUCGUAUAAAAUAGAAUAGACAAUACAAAACAGACGAAUAUUUUUACGUCGUUUGAAGGGCAGUCAUUAAGCUAAGAACAACAAAAUAUAUCUUAUUACGCAGCCCAUAAAUAAAGCGGAUACAAUUAUUGAGAAGACGAUCUAAUUUAUUUAGAAGGUACAAUUGGGCAUAAGCGAUUUUUCAAAAUGGCUGAUUUGUCUUGCAAGCUCCUUUACUUGCCUUCGUGUCAUCGUUAAUGGUAUGCCAGCCAGGAUGAUGAGUGUUCGCGGGGGUGCUGUUAGUACGGGUGAGGUGAGCGUGGCGGACAGUCCUCUGGCUACCUUCGAGUCACUUACGCAGGCCGCUGUUAUCGCCGUCAUGGGUGUCGCUAUUGUUGUAUCAAAUCUCCUAAUUAUAGCUGCUUUUCUUAAUUUUAAAGGUCUCUCCAAUGAAGUGAUCAAUUACUACUUAUUAUCAUUAGCGGUGGCGGACUUGCUGUGCGGCUUAUUUGUGGUGCCUUUGUCGGUUUACCCGGCCAUCACAGGUCGCUGGAUGUUCGGCGACCUGAUGUGCCGGCUCGCUGGUUAUGUCGAGGUCACUCUGUGGUCCGUUUCUGUCUACACAUUCAUGUGGAUAUCCGUGGACCGUUAUCUCGCCGUCCGGAAACCUCUCCGAUAUGAGACGGUUAGUGCAACGGUACAAACGCGCACUCGAAGUCAAUGUUGGAUGGUUUUCACUUGGAUCUCCGCUGCGAUGCUGUGCUGUCCACCUCUACUCGGAUAUAAGAAGGAAGCUAAUUUUGACAAAGAGACAUUUAUCUGCAUGCUCGACUGGGGCACCACAUACGCCUACACCGCUACUCUAGGGAUACUCGUCUUAGGACCCAGUGUUAUUUCCAUAGUUUAUAAUUAUUUUUACAUAUUUUCCAUGAAACGAAAACUCAACAGUGGAGCGCCUAUUCAUGAUAAAGAAUAUGCUACCGCCUUGGCUGAAAAUCUCGCUAAUCCAAGCCAUUGGAUGAGUUUUGUGCUCGUUUGUGCUUUUUGGCUCAGCUGGGCACCAUACGCUGGUGUAAGAUUGUACGAGUACUUCACUGAUCAAGAACUAAAGAUUCCAAUGUUACAUUUUGGGGUCGUAUGGCUCGGAAUACUAAACUCCUUUUGGAAAAUCGUUAUAUUGAUAUCACUCAGCCCACAAUUUCGUUUAGCAUUGAGAAUUUUGUGCUUGACAGCGUGCUGUCGUACCAAGGGCCGUUUGCAAGCAGAGCUUAUCGGAAUGGAUAAUGACGACUAACCUUGUCUGUUUCGAAUUAGCUUUUUACCAGUAGAUACGUCUAUAUUAUUUAAGUUUUUAUAAAUUGAGGUUUAGAAAUAUAUUAAUAAUGAUUUUGAAGCAAAUGGAAAAUGAAUGAUUAUCUACAAUUAUAUUUUAUUAAUCUUUGAGUAAUUGUCAUCGAUUUGAAAGCUACUACUUCAUUUGUACAGUGCGAUGCGAUUCUAAGGUAUUUGUUUGAGUAUGAGACAAAAUAAAGAGAUUUUUUUUUAAUUAUAUCAACAAAAAAAUUUCAAAACACAUUACUAAGACUUUUUUAUAUUUUAAUCUAAUAUUAAAAAAAAACAUAUCUGUUUUAAAAGGAUCAUCAUCGUUUUCAUUUUGCUCUUUUUUAAAAACUGUAUGUUUAGUCCAUAGAAGGUGUAGCGAAAGGUAAAGGUUAUAGUAAUAAAAAAAGGAGAGUGUUCUUGAAAUCGAAUAGCUUUUUUCAAGAACAUUAGGUAGAUCCAGGUAGAUCAAUACUUAAUAUGAACAAGGUUUUUUAAAUCUUGUAUAGAUUAUCCAUAAUAAGAAAAUCUACCUAUAUAAAAUCUAUGCAACUUUCAAAAAACUUUUGUAACGAUAUUGGUGUUAUUAUUGAUAAUGGCAAUACUUUUAUAUGUAAAAAGAAUAUUGAACAGUAUUAUGUAAAAGAAGCAUUCUAUUUAUUUUUUUAUACAGAUGAAUCAUGUAUAACUAUGAGGUUAAAUGGCAUGUUUGAGGUUUGUCUCAUACACCAGAGUGCAAAAUACCUGCGUUCACAUGCAUAUACCUCUUACUAUAAGCAAUUUGAGUGACUAAAUAUUACGUAAAUAGAUAUAUAUAUAUAUAUAUAUAUAUAUAUAUAUAUAUAUAUAUAAUUUUUUAUAAUAUAUAAACAAGAUAACAAAAAACAAAAAUGAUAUAUAGACAUUUGUAUUGAAAAAAGAUAUUUAUCGGCCUAGUAAUUUACAUCAAUACAAAUUGUCUAUAUUUACUGAAAAUAUGUGUGUGCGUCUGUCGUUUCGCUUCACACUGUGCCAACGUUGUAGUUAUCCACUUAGAUGCAAAUAAUUAUUGUCAUAAUAGAGAAACGACGGGUAUUGGAAAAAACAAUGACCCUAAAAAUAUGUAUACUCAUUGUAAUUUUAUAUUUGUGUAAUAAAAACUGUAUUUAUAAAAGAAUAUCGAUGUAACAAUAUGUAUAAUCAGGUGUGUUUAAUUUUAUAUAUUUCGGAAAUGGAAGAAAAAAUAUAAAAUAUGUUUAUUCUGACAAUAAUAAUAUUAUGCAUGUGUUUAGAUUCAAUAUUAAACACAAUUUGCUAGAUGCAAUAAAAGUAUCCAUAUCAUUUUCGCAUUUUGUGGUAUAUUACCAUAGAAUACAUAAUUAGUUGAUACUAAUGUAUAUAAACUGUAAUAAUUGUACUUUUUCAUUAAUUACGUGGUUGCUGAGUUUAUUGUAUGAGCUGUAAUAUAUCUAGAAAAAUGUGCCAUUGAUAUUAUCAUUAAAAUUAUUUUUACGAGUAGAUUUUUUCACAGCGUCACUUGCAGAAUAAAUGCAAAAAAACUUUAAUGUAGAAUAGCUUUUUUUAAUGUUAUCUAUUAGCUAUAUAUGUAAUCUCUUAUUUAACUUGAACAAUUUCUAAGAAAUUGCGAAAAGUGGUUUUGUUUGCUAAAUUUUUUUUCGAGUUAUUUGGAAAAUUAUGUAGUACAAACAGGCUGCGAGUGUUCAUGCUGCUCUCAAAUUGAAGGCUGUGCUUAUGAUAUUUUGAGUGUUAGGUUAAUUAUUUAAUUUAAAGUAGACUAUAUUUUAAUUAUAGUAGAUUUUAUCAAUGGUGGGGAUUCCAGGAUACGUAAUAUAACAAUGUUGUUAAAUUAUGCACUCGAGCAUAAAGAUAUAAUAAAACUUAUUUUUUCACUAUUUAUGUUAGUGUGGGCUAUGUUUAUUUCAGCAUUAAUAACUACAGUAUAAAACCUUAUUUCAACACAUUUUUUUUAUUCUAAUGUACCUAUUGCGUUUAUAAUGAGUUAUAUCAUGAUGUAAUGUAUUUAUAAUAUGUCGACUUUGAUCUAAUUAACUGUCAAAUAUUUCAAUCAAUCUUAUAAUUACUGAUGGUAUUCAAGAUCAAGAUCAAGGUUUCGUAUAUGAAACUAAAUGCUUUACGCAAUGAUUAAUAUUUCAUAAGAAACUAAAAAGUCUUGUUUACGUAAAAGCUUUUUGUGAUAAAGAAAAAAAUAAAUAGAAUAAAAUAAUAUUACUAGAGAAGCCCAAUAAUGUUUUCCAAAACAUAUUAACGAUGUAGGACAGGCGAGACACGCCAUCCGCUCUUGUAAUCCGAUUACAAAGUUGCCGAGUUGAUUCAAUUCCUACCGUAUAAAACGAGCAUCGUCAUUCACAAACACAUUUUACAUAUGUACAAAUAUGAAUAAUAUAAAGCAUAUAUAUUUGUGUAGGUGCUUCAUUUUUAUCAUAUUAGUAGAGUGUAAUGUGAGAGACAUCUAUAGACAACUAGAGAAAAUCCUGCGGUUUCCCUCGCUUUUCCCAUGUUGAAUUUUGUGUAAUGUGAAAUAUUUCUUAACCCUAGUAGUUAACUCUAGUAGUUUUUGGUGUUCAGUCUCUGGUUCUAGUUUUCUCUGUUUUGCAUUUAUAUACACUGUGUUACAACAAAAUACUUAACAAUGAUAUUUUUUUUUAGUAGUUCUGGGUCGUGUAAAUGAUAGAGCAAUCCGUCCUCGCAAUUGGAUACGGGCGACGGAAAGCGAUAAUAUAUUGUAAAAGGAUUAUCCUCAUACUUCAUGAUAAGUUGUAGUUAUACUGUAUCAUUCUCAGGUUAUUUUAAAGACUGUUCUUGAUGAAACAGAAAAGAUAAGAGGCGUGAGCGCGACUAAAAGCCGACGUACCUAUCAUCAAAGGUGUCCCAAAGAUAAAAAUAGCUUUUAUGGUGUAUUCAAUGCCAAUCUAAUAAUCUAUCUUCAUCAUUGAAUUUUAUAUAAAUUCGUUUGUUGUAUUAUUAUGUCGUAUAAAAAGUCAGUAUAUCCAAAUUAUUGUUUAAUUAUUGUUGUUGUCAAUAAAAGACAACUAGACAAAAACACUUUUUGUCAGUUUUGGUAAUGAUUUAAUGUUGGAUUUACCGAAAGAAAUCUCUUUAUAAUCUUGCCUUUGUGCAUGUUAUAAUGCUUUCUGUAUACAUUAAAUAAUAAUAGAUUUAAAAGAAAGGCAAAUUAACUAGGCUUCGAAAAUAGUUGCUCCUUUUUCUUUUUCUAAAUACUUAUUCGAAAAACGCAUAACCGAAACGUCGCAAAAACGAAAAGUAGCAAAAACGGAACGUACAAAAACAAUAUAAAAAUAGAACUUGAUUUAUUUAGCAAAAUUAUGAAACAUUUGAUUUUUCAUCGGUUUUAUUGGAUUACAUCACGCGAAGAUAGAGUUUUCGAAUAAAACAACAAAACAUGAUGAAUAAAAUUUUAUUAUAGUUUAUUUUUUUGUUUUAAAGACAUCAUAUUAUAAUAUAUAUGCAUACGACUAUUAUAUUAUAAUAGUGUCGUAAAAUGAGGAUAGUAACUUAUAUUAAAUAAUACAGAAUUAUUUCGAUCAUUUCUUUUUUGGCGUGUAGAAUUAGGUUUGUUAUCAAGAAAACUGAAAAACGCUUUAGCGAUUUUUUUUAAUGUAUAGUUUUCAAAUAUAAUGGUAAUAAGUUUCAAACGCAGUAAUUAUGUUUAAGCAUUAUAAAAUAUCUUUAAACAUGGCUAUGGAAUCCUUUUCUAUUCUAUUCUGAUAUCUGACAUACUAUUGGGUAGUUUUAAAGCUAGAAAAUAAAGAAUAAAAAAUCUCUUUCAUCUGGUGAACAGGCGCUUAUUGUUAUAGAGUUAUUAUUUCUGUUAAUAAGCGGUUGUAAAUAAACGUAAGUAGUUGUUAUUUAGGAAAACUGCAAUUUUGUAUACAGUCAAUUUAUUUUACAUAAUCAUUUGACAGUAGUGUGAUAAAAGAUACUAGGUAUCAUGCCUUCAAGUUAUUUACUUUAAUAAAAAGGAAAAUUUAUCGUAUAAAUAUAUAUGGCACCCGAUUAUUUAAUAGUUUUUUGCGAAAUCGGUAUUUUAUAGAUAUUACUGAUUUACCUAAAAUGCUAUUUAUGAUAAAGUAUAAAUCACAGAACAAUAAUUUACUAUUUAUAUAACUUGUCUUGGUGUUAUAAAUAUAUUUGACAGUAAUAUUUUAUAUAUAAAUGAGAGUUAACAAUUGAAAUAGUGAACCUCGAUCAAUAAAUAUUAUAAUAGAAUGUAUAUGGAUGUUUAUAUUUCUCGUUAAAAAUUAAGCUGAUAUUUAUGUAUUAAAAAUUGUUAACAUACUUCUAGUACUUAGUUUUGUUCUAUUUAACUAAAUGCUUGUAUAGUUACCUGGCAGAACAAGGAAAUUGUCUACAUCUUUCGAUAUAAAAAGUACAAUAAUAUCAUCUACCUAUUCUAUACUAAGUGAUUGAAAUGAUACCUAAAAUUGUUUUAGUAUUAGUAGUAUAGCUCGAUAUAAGUACAGAUUAGUAGUGUACUUAUUUAUUAUUAAUAAUUAAAUAAAGCUGGGGUUAAAUCCGGAUAUCAAAUACUCUCUAUCUAUUCAUUUACUAUAUUUGAAAUUUUUAUUUAUGUGUCACAAUAGCGCAGACAUUAGAAAAUGUAUUCUAAUUUAUGUUAUGCAGUACCGGAUUACUAUUAAGUAGAAAAGGGGCCACUUUUCUCAGCAGAGGUCUUUGGGUAAAAAUUUCUCCUGUAUACAAAUAAAAUCUUUGCUCGAGUUUAUCACGUUAAAUUAUAUACAAAUACGUUACACGUAAGUGGCUCCUACAGAGAUGCUUAUCAUAUGGAUAAUCCGGGACUAAUUGUCAGAUAAUAUUAAAUGUACCUAACUAAAAUAUCAAUCUUUGUACAGGACCUACAGUUGACAUAUAGUUGGAGACCUUGUACAAAAGUCGUUUACUUGGGUACCUCUAUCUCAUUCGUGUUGCAACCGUAAAGCAGUUGUAUUUGCAUGGUUGUGUUUCGGUUUGAAGGGUGGGAUAUGGCGUGAGUUUACAGGGUACAGAGGAAUAACAUUUAAGUCCUCAGGAAUGGCAACGCAUGGGGUAUAUCAGGGACGAAACAGUAUAUUCUGUUAUGUUCAUGGUACUGCUCAUGUCUAUAGGCGACGGUUACCACUUUCCAUCAGGACCGUCAGCUUGUUUGCCACUCUAAGUUGUAUAAAAAAAUAUAUGUAUUUUUAGCUGACUUCAAAAAAGGAAGAGGUUCUAUAUUUCACUGCAUUUUUUUUAUACAGAAAAAUGUUCAGUUAUAUUAAGAAGUAUGUAGGUAUUCAUCUAGUAGUAUCUUGAUAUUAAAUAUGAUAAAAGUCCCAGUUGGUCUUAAACCAAAUUACCGAUUGGCUCACUGUUAUGUGUUUGGAUGAGCUAUGUGUCAUAAACGUAAAGGAGGCUUAUUAGUACUUAUAUAUGUUUAUGACACACAGCAAGGCACGACAUCAUUUUCUUCGCUUGUGAAUGUAUUGUUUUGGAUUAAGUCGGAGUUAUAAUUUUUCCAUUGGCUUAUUGUCGUGACCUAUAUUUAGUAGAUGACAUGUGAAUGUUAAAAAUUUUCUAUUUUUUUUACUAUCCAAUCCUUCUAGAUAUAUGAAACAAAUUUAUUAAUAGAAUAUAUCAUAUAUUAAUUAGUUUGUUAUUUAUUUACGACGGCUACUUUAGCUAAGUUUGACGACUGUAGGUACUGUUACAAGUGAAUAUAUAUUCAUCCGAUCAGAAUUUAAUAUGUAAUUAAUAAUUGAAACAUAAAGAUUUGAUUGAAUUAUUUGUAUUUUCAAUAUUAAAUUAAUCAUAAUUAUCCGGUGAUAUAAUACUUAUAUAGAGUAGCAUGUAACUUAUUUCAUGUAUAUUAUUUAUAAUAUUUAAGUAGGUAUUUUAUUGUAAUUUAUUAUACUUAUGUAAUUGUUAUUGAUUGUAAUGUAAUGAUUACUUUUGUAAUGAAUUCGUCCAUAAAUGCUGCCAAAUGUAUUUUAAUUAUUUUAUUUGUAAUUAUUUCGUCAUUUAUUGUUAAGGUAUGUUCCAAUAUAUACAUAAAUAGGGGACUUUUAAAAAUUGUUAUAGGUUGAAAUAUUACUGCCCAUUGUGCUAUAAUAUACAUUCAUAAUUUUGGGUGCAUUACUUUUUAAUUUAGAUGAUAUGCCUCUUUGCUUAUGUAUAUCACGAAAUAUUCGUUUUCUUUAUUAUACGUACUGUAUAUUGACUGUAUACGGUACAAUUUUCAUAAAUCAAUAAGUACUGACUCAACAUUUUAAGUCAUACAGUUACCAUCCCACCAUGGUUGUGAAUAAAAACAAAGUAAUUGCAUAAUUAUUAUCAAUGUUGAGGUGAGCACUCCAGUGAGCAGAAUUUGUGUUAAAGCAUUUUGUACUUAAAUUGUUCAGCUUAUUGUAUAUUUCAAUGAAAUAAUAUCAAUACAUGUAUUUUAAUUUUUAUUUAGAAAUUUAUACAAAUAUAAAAUGAUAAGUGUUUUAAAUUGAUUUUUAAUCGACUUCUGAAAGGAAGAGGUUGUCAAUUCGAUUGUAUUUUUUGUGUGAAUGUUACGAAAUAUCUUUGCUGUCAACAGUGUCUUGUUUCAAAUGAUCGCUUUUGUUUGUAUUGUCGGUUUUGUAGAACAAAAUCUUAAGUUAUAUACUAUUAUAAUUUUUUUGGUGACACUGGGGAGUGGUUUUGGUAUUGUAUUUUUUUUCUUCGUCGUUAUAAUCUCUUGUUAAAUUGUAUUUUAGCACAAAAUAUGUGAAUUUUAGUGUAUUGUUCUUUACUAGGUACUCUUUGUCCGAAUUUGCCCCAGCUACUCUAGUCAAUUUUCUCUCGCUAGAAUAUUGUCAAAUAAACAAAAUAGUAUUUAAAUGAAAUUUAAUAAGAAUGUUUAUAUAGUUAAGUGAUAUUUAUUAUAUUCGACAGUUUAUUUUUUGUACUAGUGCUAAGUAACGUUUGUUAGAGGUCGUUACACAAGAUAAAUUUUUAAAUAGUGCCGAUUUUAAUACCGAAGAAACUAAAUCUAAAUUUUGUAUGUUCAAUUAAAGUAACAUUAAUAUUGGCUACUUUUGUAGUUAGACGAUCAUAAUACUACACAGUAUCCAUAAUAUUAAUGUAGUCAGUGUAUGAAUCCACAAUAUUACUUAUACAGUAUAAUGGAUUUUAGAUUGUAAACCCUUAAUUUAUUUAUAAAAACCUUUAGGUCCUUGUUAACGGCACGGAAAGAUAUACAAACGACGACAGAUUAUUUCAGCGUUGCUACAUUUUGGUAUGAACAAUAAGAACGUUUUUAAUAUGUCACACAUUUGGACUCUGUGGGACAUAUUUUGUAGAGAACUAAAAAUAAGAAAAAGUUAUGCCGACAGAUGGUUUUGGGUACGCUUUGACUGUGAUUUCGAAAUAUCUAUUCACAGACCCCCACUUACUGAUGUUGGCUUCUAGUAGCUUUAACAAACGUUUUAAUUUUGAUGCUCUAGUUAUGAAGUCGUCGUUUCGUACUGGUGCUGUUAGACUAAGCGAGCGCAUAUUCGUUCUUCCUAUUUUUUUAUUGCAUUUCACGAGUAAUUGUUUGUGGCUCAGCUGCAUUCUCGAAUAACUUUUUACGUUGUUUUUUAAGUAUUUUUCUAAUCUAAUUGUUCAGUUCUUUUAGUCUAUCUCGCCUUUAAGAUUCAAAAUCGUGCGUUACACGAGGCCUAUAGUUAAAUGAAAUGAAACUAUAUUGACGUAUUAUGCAACGGAAUAUCAUUUUAUUUAUUCAGAUAAUUGAACACGAAUAUGAUAACAGGUUUUUGUAUUGUUAAUAACUACAGAAUAUUUAUCAGGAUGAAUUUCAUUGAAAUAUUUUGUCAUUUUGCCAUGUCAUAUUUCUCGUACCUAUUUGUCAUUAUUAAAAUUUAGGCCAGAA